CUCGCUUCCGGUCCUGAUCAAGAUGCGUGUCGCGCUCCUCGCGAUCGCCCUCAUGGGCCUGGUGCUCGGCGCUAACGCCGGCGCCGUCGAUCUCACCUCCUCCAACUUCGACGCCGAGGUUUUCGAGAGCGGCAAGGCCGCCUUCGUCAAGUUCCUCGCGCCUUGGUGCUCGAUGAAGCCCGCUUGGGACAAGCUCGGAGACGAGUACAAGUCCUCCAAGACGGUCAUCAUCGCUGACGUGGAUUGCACCAAGGAGCAGGAUCUUUGCCAAAAGUACGGCGUCCAGGGAUACCCCACCAUCAAGUACUUCACCGGCGCCACCGCGGCGACGGGCGACGCCUACCAGGGCGGCCGCGACUACGACACCCUCUCCAAGUGGGCCAAGGAUAACCUCGGCCCCACCUGCGGCGCCGAGAACAUCGACCUGUGCACCGACGACCAGAAGGCGAUCAUCAAGGAGAAGCAGGCUCUCUCCGACGCCGACCUCGACGCCGAGAUUGCAGCCGCGGAGGGGGAGAUCAAGCAGGCGGAUACCGACCUCGAGGAGCUCCUCAAGUCCCUCCAGGCGCAGUACGAGGCUGGCAAGAAGGCCAAGGACGACACCAUCGCGGAGAAGUCCCCGGCCCUCGCGCUCCUGCGCUCCGUCAAGCGCGCCAAGACUGGCGGCGCCAAGACUGAGCUCUAAGCGCUAGGCUCUCACCUUCGUAAGAAAGACAGAGCACGGGUGGGGUUGCGCGCGGCGGGCGCUCCGGCGACUGAAGAAUGAGGCGAGCGGACGCGUCGAGGAUGACGUCCACGCAUUACAGACACUUUUCGCGAAGAAGUCCUUGCGUGAGACCGAUACAGACGCAACGUCACGCUCGACCUCGACGUCGCACGGACGGCGCCGCGCUCGACUGGCCCACCCCCACAUAUUUUUGUGAAUUGAAAUGAUUCUUCACC